AACAACAUGGCGGCAGCUGUUGAGGGAACUCCUCGGAGGGUUCGUGCCUUGCUGUCGAGUUUUCUUCACUCGUCGGACAAAAAUGGAAAAGCCAGAACUCUCGAACAAGAUGAUGCCUCUUUGGACUCAGUUUGUAGAAGUCAGCCAAGAAGUAAAGAAGCAUUUUGGAAUCGUGUGGAAACCUUCUCUCCAUUUACAUGGUUUGCCAAACCUCUUGCACUUUCACCUCUCCACUGUGCACAAUAUGGCUGGGAAAACAGUGAAGUUGACAUCCUACAGUGUGUUAGCUGCAGGGCAUGUCUUGAUGCUACCAUAUCCACUACAUGGGAUUCUGAAAUUUAUGCCAAGACCUGUGAGCAGCUAAGAGAAGCACUUGUCAGUGGUCAUUCUAAACUGUGUCCAUGGCCGGAUAAUCCUUGCCCUGAGUCAUUUGUAAAGUUGCCAUUAUACAGUUAUUCACAAUGGCUUGAAGACUACAGGGCAAGAUGGAAAUCCAUUAUUACCCUUGUCGACGAGAUCCCACUUGUUGAUGAGCAAGCCAUCAAGGACAUGGAUUGUCUAACGCCAGGUCACAUAGAAGGACUUCAGAAUUUAGUUGACCCUGGAUGUAUCAGCUGGACAAGGAACGAACUGGACUUAGAACAAGCCUCCAAAGCAUCUUGUAUUAUAGCACUUUGUGGUUGGAGGAGCAGCAUCACCAGUGAUCCUGAUGUGAAUACCAUAUCUUGUUCAUUGUGUCGUCGAGAGCUGGGUGUGUGGAAUUUUUUCCCUUUGACACACGUCGCGACAGAGCAAGAUGAGGGACAAGUCCAUGAUGCCCCGUCAUAUCUGGACACCGGACAAAUGUUUGCGGAGGAUACGAGUUUCAGAAACAUCACACACCAGGAAGAGUCUGGAAGUAGAGAGAUCAGUGGAGAAGGCGACAAUCAGGGAACAAGCUUGGCGGGUAAUGGAGAGCGUAGCACGGAGGGGGAUAAAGGUGAUCCCACAGAACCCAUGGAAGAGGGUGAUAGUUUUGAAAAAGGAGACAAAUCCUCAACAGAAGAUUCCACAACGGAGACAGUUUGUGAAUUAACAGAGACUUCACAUACAUUGACUGUUAAAUCGACAUCAGAGCCAAUGGGGCUCAAGUCUCCACUGCAUCGGUCAUUAUCCAACCUGCCUGGGGAAGAAGCAACUGAAUCCCUCUGUGUGGAGGUCGAAAAUGAAAGUUUAACAGAGAGACUACAAGAUGUGGAAUCUGAGCUGGAGUUUCUGGGGUACGGCCGGGAGGGUGUUCCUGAGGAGAACGACGGCCGGCCAAGAGCGAAGAAGAGGAGGCUGCAGGAGAUCGAAAGGAACACUUUUCACGUGUUAUCAGAGCACCGCACGUGGUGUCCGUGGGUAGUGACUAUGCGUGGUAGUGACGGUAACACCACACCACCGGGGUGGAAGGUACUCCUAGGAACACUUCUUCCUUCAUUGAGUCCAUCGGCAACACACUUCAUUCAUGAGACUCAUCCACAAGAUGCGUGGAAAACAGUGAGAAAGUUACUCGGCGAGUGCUAUUCCCCAGCGAAACAAACUUGAGGCCAAGAAGUACAGCCGUGAAGGGGAGUUGAAAAAAUAUUAGUCCAUGAUUCGGAGAUUCCCGAAUGUCACGUAGUUCAUGAAUAAGCUCAACCCAUGUUGUAAUGAAACCAUGUUUGAGCAGCUGCUGAUGCUCUUUACAAUACCGCACAGUCAAUUGAAAAUAGUGACAUUUAAUCCUUUGUCUUACAGCAUAUUUAAAGGAUUGUUUGAAUUUUAAGGCUGUGAUUUGAGACAACUUAAAAUGUAUGUAAACACUGUUGUGUUACAUGGAUGGCGUGACCAAGUGAUAAUGAAGUGGUCACGCAAUUGCGAGGAAGAAAGUGUUAUUGAGAAAUAUUUCGAGGUAGUCAACGUGACAGACCUUGAGGAUGCAGCCGCUGUGUGCGUUACAGGAUGGAUUUGGAUUUUUAGAGGACCAAAUGAGGUGGAAAAGAACAUAAUUUGAUGGUCGUUUUUAUAGUUUUAUUCGAGAGCCCAUUACCUGGAGCCUCCAUACCAAUUGUACCCUUGAGUCAACCCUGUCUCGUAUCUUUUUAUUUUUAGAACUGAGAUACGUGGGGGGUUCUUUAAUUUCCCGUGAAAACUCGCUGACAUUCGCACAGCACCCUUAAAAAAAUGGUAAAUUUUCCGCGCUUUUCGCCAUUAUUGAAAUACUUUCGUGCGGCCUGCAUGUGACAUAAACAAUAGAGGACCACAGCUCUCUUAUGAUUGGUUAUUAUGUAAACACCCGCGAAAAACCCCGUGGGAGGUGCUUCUAAAAAAAUACGGGACAGGGUUGACUCAGAGGGUAAGUAUGGAAGGUGGAAGCUCCGAUAAUGGGCUCCUGUUUUAUUGUAGAGCAUUUUAAGAUAAGAGGAUGCCGUUACGACCUCAAGAUCUUUUGUAAACAUCUUCAUGCAAGUUAUUUACAAAUGCUAAAUAUUUUAAGGUUAUUGAUAAACUUUUAUGCGCUCUUAGAGCGCGUUUUAAAUGAGUAUCGUAAAACCAAAACCAAAGUAAUUGCAACGGAAUCAGAAUCGAAAAUAUUCAGAAGAGUCAAAGAGAACUUAAAGUCGAAAGAGGCAAACCGCCUGAAGAGCGGGAAAAUGCGGGCGACCAAGUGGAGAUUGGUGAUAUUCUUGCCUCUGAUUGGUUGAGAGAAUGGCGCGAGUUUUUUGAACCAAUCGUGGAGUGAAUCAAGUAAAAACCAAUGUAACUCCAGAUUUCUUUCGACACUCGAUUGAAAUUUCACUAAUUCGGACAAUUUUAAGUAACUGAUUAUAAGUAAGUUUCGACCACUUUCUUUCCUGGCUGACGGAAAGACAGACAGAUGAAUCGUCGAGCGGGCGCAUGGGCGGAAGGAAAGACCCUCAGCGAAUAGAUGUACAAACGGAGGGAGGACGAACGAAAACUCAAACGACAGAACUCAUGGGUGAAGAGAUAAACCAUAACACAGGCAGCCUUGAAGUUAUACAUACGAACAGUUAGGAAACGAACCAGGCCCGGAUGUCAAAGGGCGGAUUACGCUAUCCAUUGGUUAAAUAUCUAUUCGGUGGAUAGCGCAGUAUGUUUUGUUGAUAUUUAUUCGGUGGAUAGCGAUUUUUCCGUUGGAGGCGUUAUGCGGCCUCUGAACAACUGGGCCUCAGUACUGCACUGCUUUGUAAUGGCGGUUAUGCCAGAAAGUAUUUCGAAACUUGACUUUUACCUUAGGACUGAGAUUUGUUGCCCUACGCUCAUGAAGUAGUUUUGUUUCAUUCGUGACAUACGGACAGUGA